GGCACCCUCGCUCGCCGACCUCCACCACAUCGAACGCGUUGCACGCCAUCGACCAGGAACCCAGGCAUCUGGAGUCUUACUAGCCCAUCAUGGGCCUCCUACUUUCGAUUCCUUUGGCCGGUCCCUUAGGAGCCAUAGCUUCAUCAUGUCUUGCUGGGUUCGCGUUCUGCUUCACUUCGACUGCAGCGUCGAUGUUCUUCAAGUCGUGCAACUGCAAUUCCUCUAUUGCAACCCGUGUGGGGUUUGCAAUGAUAUUUGCGCUGAAUUCCAUGCUUGCAUGGACGAUGAGGACGUCGUUCAUGAUACAUCAGAUCGAGAAAUGGAGUUACGACUACAUCAAGAUGGACUGUGAAGGCGAUAAAUGUUAUGGUGUUCUCGCUGUUCAUCGUAUAUGCUUUGCACUUUCCUUGUUUCACGCAAUUUUGAGUGUUGGAUUAAUCGGAGUGAAGGACACAAGAGACACGCGGGCGGCAAUUCAGAACGGGUGGUGGGGACCGAAAGUCCUCCUUUGGUUUGUCCUCGUAGCCAUAUCAUUCCUCAUCCCGAACGACUUCUUCAUCUUCUGGGGCAACUACGUCUCCCUCAUCGGUGCCACUAUCUUCCUCCUCCUCGGCCUUGUCCUCCUUGUUGAUUUUGCUCAUUCAUGGUCCGAGACCUGCCUCGAGAACUGGGAAGCGUCUCCGUCUUCAAAUCUCUGGCAAUGGAUCCUCAUUGGGUCCACCGGCGGGAUGUAUCUCGCGACGAUCGCGCUCACCGGCGUGCUCUACGCGUUUUUUACAGCGUCGGGGUGCACCCUCAACAAAUUCUUUAUCUCUUUCAACCUUGCGCUGUGUGUUCUCAUCACGAUUCUCUGUAUACACCCGAUGGUGCAGGAGUAUAACCCCCGCUCGGGCCUUGCACAGAGCAGCAUGGUAGCCGCGUACUGCACGUAUCUCGUCAUGUCCGCCGUGGGCAACCACGCACACGAAACCUGCAAUCCCCUUCGGUCUGGCGCGGCCACUGGCACACGCACCACUACUGUCGUUGUGGGCGCCGCGUUCACCUUUUUGGCCAUCGCGUACUCGACGACUCGUGCAGCCACGCAGAGCAGAGCGUUGGUCGGUAAGAAGAAGUACGGAUCUGUGCAGCUGCCUAUCGACCCAGAAGAGGGACACGAGGUCAGUGUGGUCAGCACGCAGCCGGGCAGGACGGAAUCUCCAAGGUAUCAGGCGUUGCUUGCAGCUGUUGAAGCCGGCGCGAUCCCAGCAUCUGCCUUGCAAGAAGAGGAGGGCGAAGAGGAAGAGGUUGAGUUGGGCGAGAUGAGAGACGAUGAACGGUCUGGUACCCGCUAUAAUUACACCUGGUUCCACAUCAUCUUCGCCAUUGGAGCGAUGUACGUCGCCAUGCUGCUCACAGACUGGAACGUGAUGAAAGCGAGCUCGUCACCGGACUCGGAUACGGAAGACGUCUCCAUCGGCCGCUCAGAGACUGCGAUGUGGAUGCGCAUCGUUAGCUCGUGGGUAUGCAUGCUCUUGUAUAUUUGGAGUCUGCUCGCGCCUGUGAUUAUGCCCGAUCGGUUCUCUGAUAUCUAGGCACCUGUGCGUCUAGUUGGCGUAGAUGGUUGGCCGACCCAUUCACUUUUCUUGAGGUAGUUAGUUUUGUAAAAUGUAUUUGUGGUGCGGUCUGCGGGACUAUAUCUCGGUAAUCACUCUUUAUGCACUUGCGUUGAUAAACAGUACAGAUGAUCGAUGUCCCGAAGGGUUCGUCGAUGCCAAGAAUACAGAAACGUAUGACCAUUG